AUGGGGGAGGGUCAAAAAACUCAACCUAAAGUAGUGGAGGAUCUUUGGGAGACUGGAAAGAUGAGAGUAACCUACGUCAAUGACAAUAGGCAACUUCCGAGACUACAUGUUGACAAGUCUGUGAUCGAAAAUAUGUGCUCACCAUGGAAAAAUGCUCUAGUGGUGGGUUUGUUGGGGAAGAAGCUAGGCUUUCGUACCAUGAAAGCUAGACUUAGUAGCAUCUGGAGUCUCUCUGGGGUAUUCGAUCUGCUGGAUAUUGACAAUGGCUUCUUCAUGGUUAAGUUUGAUCGUGAGGAAGACCGAAAGAAGGUUAUGGAUGGGGGGCCAUGGAUGAUCUUUGAUCAUUAUUUGGCUGUUGCUCCUUGGAGCAGGGAUUUCAUUAGCCCUUCUGCUAAGAUUACUAUAACGUUGGCUUGGGUUCGUGUUCCGGGGUUGAAUGUUACUUAUUAUGAUGAAAGCUUCCUCCUGUCGAUGGCCAAGCAGCUGGGAACUCCGGUUCGAGUGGACAUUAACACGUUGAAGGCGGAGCGGGGUGCGGGAAGCCAGGAGCAAUCAGGGCAAGCGGUUAAUGCAAGUGCGGAGAAUAAGGAGAAAACGGUUCCCACAAUCAUUGAGGUGGACCCCAUUAUCUUGGAGGUGGCUGGUGACUGGAUGACAGUUACUAGGAAACAAAAAAAGAAGAAUCAGCCAAUUAAGGCAAGAGGUAAUUAUGUUCCCAAAUUCCAUGGGGUUGACAAUAUCAAUUCAAAAUCAAAGCUCCAAGGUCCCAGGAUGCCUCGGAGUGCGCGAACUGAUGCUUCUUUUUCUGUGAAGGGGAAUAACGGCGCUGAGGGGGGCCUGAGUGCGGGUCCCGCGUCAAUUAAUUCGCAAAGUGGGAAGAAAAUGAGGAAGGGGGACGAGCCUACGCGCCCUGCCCCUGCGCGUGGUGUGGGUAUUCCUCAGUUGGAAAUUAUGGAGGGCCCCAGUAAUUUCAUGCACAAGAAUACUGGCCUAGUGGAAGGGGUCUUCACUGCUCGUUCAGUUCAAGCUUCCAUGCAGCCAGAGAUGAUGUUGGUUAAAACAAUGGCAGGAGCCUCUCAAGUCAAGAAGCUGGGUUCAAAUGUAGAAGACACAACGAAUGUUUCUAUUCUUUCUUGGAAUGUUCGAGGGGCAGCUAAUGUCUCUUGCAAGAGGAACUUGAAAGAGAUUGUGCGUAGAUUGAAGCCUGAUAUCUGCUUCAUAUUUGAACCCCAUGUCCAGUUUGCUCGUUUGGCAACGUUUUGGCUCCGGUUGGGCUAUAAGCCGCUUGCCAUUGAAGAGGCGCAUGGGCAUUCUUUUGGUGUUUGGGCUCUAGGCAUCACUUCGCUUCAUGUAAAGGUCACAACUAUUGCUUCUCACCCCCAAGCGGUUAGCCUCCGGUUUAGUUCUUCUUUAGCUUCUUGGGUUGGCACUGGAGUUUAUGCUGGCCCCAUACCUUCUCUUCGUCAAGGCUUGUGGGAACAUCUUCGUGGAGUGGCUGAUCUCGCGCAAGGUCCCUGGGCUUUGAUUGGAGAUUUUAAUGAUGUAGCUAGCUCAACGGAGGCCCGCGGUCGUAACUUCUCACCGGCAAGAGCUCGCACCUUUGUGGAUAAUCCCGAGAGCUGUGGCCUUUUGGAUCUUGGGUCGUUUGGUCUCUCCUUCACCUCGUACCGUCAUGCUCAAGGUAGCCCACCCAUUCAGCGUAGACUUGAUAGAGCUCUCGCUAAUUUGGAUUGGAGGCUUGGGUUUCCUCAUGGUUCUGUUGAGGUGUUAGCUCUUCAUCAUUCUGAUCAUAGUCCUUUGUUUCUUCGCUGUUGUCCUAGGAGGGAGGCCCCUAUCAACAAGCUGUUUCGCUUUGAGGCGGCUUGGAUGGAGCAUCCUCAGUAUCAGCAAAUGGUGAAAGAUGCGUGGGAGAAAGGAACCCCGUGGCUGGUUGCGUCCUUGAAGCAUGUGCAGGAUGAUUCAAAAGUCUUUAACCGAGAUGUUUUUGGGAACAUUUUUAAGCGAAAGAGACUGGUUGCUGCCAAGAUAGCGGACGUUCAGGCAAGGCUCGAGCAGGUUGAUUCCGCUUAUCUUCUUCGAAAGCUCCGUGAUUUGAGAGCUGAGCAAGAAGCUAUUUUGGCUCAGGAAGAAAUGUUGUGGUAUCAAAAAUCCCGGGAGAAAUGGGUCAAAUUUGGGGAUAGAAACACUGCCUUCUUCCAUGCUCAGACGAUCAUCCGGAGACGGCGUAAUCAUAUUCAGGGGCUCACCUUGGAUGAUGGCAGUUGGUGUACAGAUGAGGUGCGUUUGAAGGCCGAGGCCUCUUCUUUUUAUACUAACCUUUUUGCUACGUGUGAUCAGGUUAAUCCUUCAUGCAUCUCUACCCCCCUUUUGCCCUCCUUCCCCUCGGGUGGUAUUCGUGAUCUUGUGCAGCCGGUCUCGAGGGGGGAGGUGUUUGAGGCUAUUCAGCAGAUGGGUUCUUUUAAAGCUCCGGGUCCUGAUGGUUUUCAAGCUUGCUUUUAUAAGAAAUAUUGGGACAUAGUGGGUGACGCAGUGUUCUCCUUCAUCCAUGAUGCUUUUGAGCUUGGCCAUUUUGAUCCUAGUAUUGCUGAGACUCUUAUCGUCUUGAUUCCAAAGGUGGAUAAUCCCAAAUCCUUUAAGGAGUUGCAUCCCAUCAGUCUAUGCAAUGUCCUUCAUAAGCUUAUCUCUAAAAUCAUGGUGAACAGCUUUAUCCCUGGCAGGAGUACCACUGAUAAUGCCAUUGUUCUCCAAGAGGUGGUUCACUCUAUGAUGAAGACUACUCGGAAGGAGGGGGAUGUCAUUUUUAAGCUGGACAUUGAGAAGGCCUAUGAUAGGCUUGAUUGGAGGUUCUUGGAGAAUACUUUGCAUGAGUUUGGGUUCCCGGAGAAGUGCAUUCGCCUCAUCUUGUUUUGUAUGACAUCGGUUUCUCUUUCUGUGCUUUGGAAUGGCGAGAAGCUUCCUAGCUUUAACCCCAAGCGUGGGCUUCGUCAGGGAGACCCCCUCUCCCCUUAUCUCUUUGUGCUGUGUAUGGAGAGAUUGAGUUCUCUUAUCUCUUCGGCGGUUCAAGAUGGGAGGUGGAAACCCGUCACGGUGCGAGGCUCGACUCUAAAGCUCUCUCACCUCCUCUUUGCGGAUGACCUCCUUUUGUUUACUCGUGCUAAUGUGGAGCAAGUCACUUUGGCUAAGAAUAUUCUAGCUUCUUUCUGUGAGGCUUCUGGUCUUCGGGUGAAUGAGGCCAAGUCUAAAGCCAUGGGUCAGAAGAAUUUGUCUCCAGUAAUGAAGAACCGGUUGUUUGACAUCACUGGGAUUCAUUUUUCGCCAAAUAUUGGUAAAUAUUUGGGGUUCCCUAUUUUUAAUAAAAGAGCCACUAACAGAGAUUUUCAUUUUUUGGUGGAGAGAGUUAGCUCUCGGGUUGCUUCUUGGAAGCACAAUCUUCUCAAUAGAGCAGGGAGAGUUACUCUUGCUCAGUCUGUGUUAUCUUCGAUUUCCACUUACUGUAUGCAGCAUGCUUGGAUUCCUUCUGGUGUCUGCAAUGACAUUGAUGCGACUAUCAGAAGGAAAGAAGGGGGGCUCGGUUUACGUAAGGCGAGGGAUCAUAACAUUGCCCUUCUUGGUAAAAAUGUUUGGCAAAUUAUUAAUGGUGAGGGGAAGCCGUGGGUGUCUUUGGUGAGAAAAAAGUAUGGUGUGCAAGGGAACUUUCUCACUACCCCAGGGAAGCUUGGCUCCACGGUUUGGCAGGCUAUAUUGAAAGCUAGAGACGUGCUCAUGGAUGGUUUUUCCAUUAAGCUGGGCAGCGGCAGCUCUUCCUUGUGGUAUGAUGAGUGGCUUGGAAAUUUUAAACUUUGUGAUCUGGUCCCUGUGGUGGAUAUCCAUGACUUGCAGCUUACUGUGAGGGAUGUGGUUCAUGAGGGAACUUGGAAUUUUUCCAGGUUGUAUACCGGGCUUCCUGGAGAUAUUGUGGGUUUGAUUCAUGGGCGUGAUUGUUUGCUUAAUGAGCGGGUGCCUGACUGUAUGGUUUGGAACUCAGAUUCGUCUGGGAUUUAUUCUGCUACUUCUGGUUACCACUGGCUGCUCCAGGCGAGACAUGACGCGUUGCACCUUCCUCCCAAGGCGGAUUGGGGUUGGAUUUGGCGGCUUAAGGGGCCUUUUAAGAUUCUCUUCCUUAUCUGGUUGGGUUGUCAUAAUGCGUUGCCUGUGAAUCACCUCCGUUUCCAUCGGCAAAUGGCGGUUUCGCCGGUGUGUUCGCGCUGUAACCUGUAUCCGGAGACGGUGCUGCAUUGCCUUCGGGACUGUUGGUUUGCUCGUAGAAUCUGGUUUAGGAUUGGGCUCUCUCCUCGACAUGCUUCUUUCAGCGUGGUGGAGACUUGGGAUUGGUUUAAGCUUGUGCUCCGUGAAGAGCCGAUCACGGCCAUGGCUACCAUUUGGGCGCUCUGGACAGCGAGGAAUAAAGCUUUGUUUGAUCAGUCUAUUGUUCCUGAUGCUCAGCUUGUGCGUGCCAUUCUUGAGCAUAAAGCGUUGAUGCUGCAAGCUUGGUCAUCCACGCCGCGUGUUUCCCAUCCUAGAUGGGUGUCUUGGACACCGCCGGGGCCUUCGGAGAUUGCUAUUAAUUGUAAUGGUAGUUCCCUUGGUGAUCCGGUGCGCUCUGGCUUUGGGGGUUGCCUGCGUGAUCCUAGUGGAACUUGGCUCUUAGGCUUCCUGGGUUUUCGAGGUCAGGAUUCAGUCCUGCAUAUGGAGUUACUGGCCAUGUUUCAUGGGCUCACGCUUGCUUGGUCCUUGGGGAAUCGCCGAGUCGUGUGUUUUUCUGACUCAUUGUUAGCUGUUUCUUUGGUGCGUUCUCCUCCUUCUCAUCACCAUGUUUUUGCCGUUCUGAUUGGCAACAUUGUUGAGUUGUUGAGGCGUGAUUGGGUCUCGCGGGUUGAGCAUGUUUUGCGAGAGGGCAAUUCGUGUGCUGAUUUUUUUAGCGAAAGCGGGUGCGCGCCAGGACUCAAACCUCACUAUUCUCCAGGACCCCCUCCCUGGGAUGGAUGA